UAAAUUUGCAGGUGAGAUUAAUUAUGUUAAGAAAAUUGGAAAUCAUGAUGUUUGUAUCCAUGACAUAUUUUGGUGUUGACCCAUUCAAGUAAUACAGGUGAUAUCCACAUUUUUGUUUUACUAUUGAACAUGUUGAAUGACAUUCUAGUUCAGGAGGAAAAUAUGUGUGGGUAUUAGUAAGACAUAUAAAACAAGGAAUAAAAGGUACAGUUUCCAAAUAUCAAACUGAUCAGUUUUCCAAAUGGAUUCUAUAUGGAUUUCUAUUAAUAUUGACAAAUAAACAAAAAAUCUCUAUGAUAAAUUCAAUAAGUUUUGAUAGGGAAAAAGACUAGUUGCAUAAUUUUAGGAGGAAAAUAAAAGGAACCAUUGAAGAAUAAAAUAAUUUAUUGUAAAGAUGUGUGAAGGAUUUUUGUUUUUGAUCAAUUUCAAGUGUCGACAAAGGAUAAGAAUGAAUCUGUUAACAACACCUUUGACUGAAUACAUAUUGUGUGUACUUUAGUCCCAAAAGUCAUUAGGAGAAGAGAACGGAAGCUACAAUAAUGUUUUUUUCUUUUGCAAAAGGAAAUAUAACAAGAUAAGAUUUAUAACAAAAAUAUUUUGUUAAUCAAACGAAAACAAAUUAUAGUUGGAUUGAAUUACUUUGGAGUGCUUUAACUUAGUGUUAAACAUUUAAACAGGAAGAUUUUAUAACUUGAUAUUUAACCUAAUAAAGUAUUGAAAAUGAAGGAAUAUUCAGAACUUAUGGCAUUCUCAGUACUAUCAAUCUAAAAAUAGCUGAUGUCUAGGUUUGGAAUUUAAAUGAUAUCUUUGUGUUCAAUGGAAAUUCUUAAGUUUUGAAGGAAGAAAGAAAACAUUGACAUGCAGCAGAAUCAUGCCCCAGUGCAAUAUGUUUACUCUAAAGUCGCUAUCUAUCAUAAUUGUCGAAUUGAAUUGAAAUGGAAUCGUUCACUUCAUCAUUGUACAAGUUGUGAAUUUAAUACCUUGAAAAACUGUUCUUUCAACUGUGGUGCUAUUCAUUAUGGGAAAUGUACUCCUGUUGUUGUGCCGUUCAUUCAGAGUUAUCGUAGGCGGAAAUCUGGACAGGGAACCAUACCUGUGGCCAAAGUUAUACCCACUCGAUUAAUAAAACCGGAACCAGAGGAAGAAAUUAUUAAACCUGAUUUCGAUGAAACAGAUAACAAGACUAAUCUUACUGUUCAAACUGGAAAAGAUGUGAAAGAAAUCAUAAAGAAAGACAAUGAAUUAAUAAAGGAGAGAGACAAGGAAAAUAAGGAGUUAUCUCCCUCUUUGACUACAGCAACAUCUACAAUCACAACAGUGACAGUCACAGAUACAUCUAAAGACACAAAACGACAUGAUGCUGGCAAAACUUUACAAAAUGUCAAUCUUCCUAAGUUUUAUUAUCCAUACGGCAAACCAAUCAACAAGGAAGAGACUGAAAAAAUAUUGGACAAAGUGUCAAAAGAAUUCUCUAAAUUGGAAGGUGGUAAAGCCUUACUGCAUAAUUUUGGACCAAUUACUAAGGUCAUUAAUCUACCUCUGUACUGGAAGAGUUUGUUAUAUACAGCGUCAGGAGGGAACAAAAAUGGUUACGUUACUUUCCAAAUGUUUGCUGCCAUGUGGAGAAAAGUAUUUUCUGUUUGUCACGAUGCUGCGUCUCGGUUUGUAAAGUUACUAACAGUACAUAGUCCACAGGGGAGAGAUUAUGUUGAUGAAGCAGAUUUAAUACCUUUAGUUCAGGAUAUUGUAGAAUCUCAUCCGGGUUUAACCUUUCUACAAGAAGCUCCUGAGUUCCAUUCUAGAUAUGUAAACACUGUGAUAGCCAGAAUAUUGUAUUGUGUAAAUAGAAGUUGGUCAGGGAAAAUAACAGUAACAGAACUUAGAAAAAGUAACUUUUUAUCUACAUUAUCUUUAUUAGAAGAAGAAGAUGAUAUUAAUCAAGUUAUGGACUUUUUUUCUUAUGAACAUUUUUAUGUGAUAUAUUGUAAAUUCUGGGAACUAGAUAAAGAUCAUGAUUUGUUAAUAGAUAAACAUGAUCUAGCUCGCCAUAAUGAUCAUGCCGUAAAUUCCCGAACAAUUGAGAGAAUAUUUUCUGGUGCUGUGAUAAAAGGUAAAAAUGCAUUAGAGGGGAAAAUGUCAUAUCCACAGUUUGUUUGUUUUUUGUUAUCAGAGGAAGAUAAAAGAAAUCCAACAAGUGUUGAAUAUUGGUUUAGAGUUAUGGACCUUGAUGGAGAUGGUGUGAUAUCAAUGUAUGAAAUGGAAUAUUUUUAUGAAGAACAAAUGCAAAAAAUGGAGGCCUUAGGAAUAGAAAAGUUACCUUUUGAAGAUUGUUUAUGUCAGAUGUUAGAUUUAGUAAGACCUAAGGAUAACGAAAGAAUAACUUUAGCUGAUCUCAAAAAUUGUAAAAUGACUCAUAUAUUUUUUGACACGUUCAUCAACCUUGAUAAAUUCCUUGAUCAUGAGCAGAGAGAUCCAUUUUCUAAUAUGAGGGAUGUUGACUCUGACAUACCAGAACCAACUGACUGGGAGAGGUAUGCUGCAGAAGAAUAUGAACUUCUAGUGGCUGAAGAAGGGGCAAAUGACCAAGAGGAAGUACAUUAUGAAGAUGACUUCGAACCAGACGAAGAUGAGAUAGUUAAUGAAGAGAAAAAAUCUUCGGUUGCCGACAGGGUAUCCCAGAAUUCCAGAGCCCUCUCUGAAGAAGAUGAUAUCUAUGACUUCAGCACUGACAGUUUAGGAUACUAAAAUGAGAGAAACCAAGGAGCAGAAACUGGAAUGGUUCUGGAUAAAGAUUUUAUUGUUCUCCUGUAUCAAAAUAUCAUUGAUUAAUAUUGUGAUCUAAAACUACAUAAGCUUAAUUCACUUGAAUGGUAGAGAGAAAUAAUGAUAAUUGAAAUAUUUAUGCAAUGUAUCUAUUUUGAGUCAUAGUCUGUUUUUAGUAUGUAUUUCAUAAGAUUUUUUUAGCUUAUUUCUAACAGAAAUAUUAUGUUUUAUGGAGCUUUCAAAUAACAUUUUGAUUAAAUAUCCUCUACAAAAUCUGCUAGUUUUGAUAAAUUGUAUUUUUGAUGAGGUAUUUAAGCUAGAACUCUCAGCAAACAAUUUUUAAAAUUAGUACUUUGAAAUGCUUGUAAGAGUCUAGAGGUCAUCUUUAAUUAAACCUUAGAUAAUGAAUACAUUUGUUUAGUCAGUGAUGAAGGAUACAUGGAAGACCCGGUAUACAUGUCCAAUAUACAUCAUGAUCUAACCGGUAACAUUAACUUUCCCUGCAGAUGUAAGUUCAA